UAAGAACUGUUUCUUUCGUCCCAAACAGUCCUCCAAUGUCAUCAACCUUUGACCCAAUGCAAUCUAUCUCUUCUCCGUUUCGGAUAUAUAUACCAGUCCUCGGUGAUCGGUGGUUUCAGAGUGAAUCACCUCUUUCCUCCACCCUCAGUUCCACCGGAGAAAGAAUGAUGUCUUCCCUUCCGCUACUAUUCACGGUGGCGCUGCUACUUUGUGCCGGUUGUUCUGAUGCAGCACUGCACUGCGGUCUCUGUGGCAACACAUCAGUUCCUUACCCACUCAGCACCGGACACAAUUGCGGUGACCAAUCUUACAAGAUCCGAUGCAACGCCGGCACGCUCUGGUUUGAUACACUUAACUCCACCUAUCCCAUCGAAUCCAUCAAUCCGAACACACAACGGUUCGUGAUACGCCCAGCCAGCUUCGCCGGCAAUACCUGCGUCACCACGGAUUUCAACAGCCAUGGAAUUCAGCUCAAUAGCAGCCUCCCCUUCAACGUCACCAGCAGCAACACCAUAUUCUUCCUCAACUGCUCCAAUGCUUUGCUGGGAUCACCUCUUAAUUGCACGUCAAAUAGCCUCUGUCAUACCUACAUAAACGCGACAUCAGAGGCGGCGGCGUGUGAGCAAGCUGGCCUCUGCUGUUCAUUCAGAGCUGGGGGUUCCACCACCUCCUAUUCCAUUAGGGUUCGGAAGGAAGGGUGUAUGGCGUAUCGGAGUUUCGUAAAUUUAGACUAUUCGUUGCCGGUGAGUAAGUGGCCGGCGACCGGAGUGGAGAUCCAGUGGGUGUCGCCGCCGGAGCCCGUCUGUAACUCCCAAGCAGAUUGCGACGAGGGUUCGAAUUCCACAUGCAAAGCCGACCCAUCAUCGAGUUCCGGUCUGAAGAGAUGCUUCUGCGUCGCCGGGCUCUCGUGGGACCCCAUCAGUGGAUCUUGUGUUGACGAUGUGACGUGUCAAACUCCGGGAGGUUGCAAUUCCACAAACCAUACCCCACUAAUUGCAGGUCUAACGACGGGAUUAGGUGCGGCGUUGCUUGCGGCGGUGGUGGGUCUUCUGGUCUACAAGCGACACAAGCGCAUCAAAGAGGCUCGGGAGCGGCUUACCAAAGAGCGUGAAGAGAUCUUAAACGCUAACAGCGGCGGCAGGUCGUCCAAGGUCUUUACGGGCAAGGAGAUGAAGAGGGCAACCGAUAACUUCUCCAAAGAACUACUAUUGGGCUCUGGUGGCUACGGUGAAGUCUUCAAGGGCAUCCUCAAAGACGGCACCAUCAUCGCCGUUAAGUGCGCCAAGCUCGGGAACACCAAGGGCGUCGAUCAGGUCCUUAAUGAGGUGAGGAUCCUCUGCCAGGUGAAUCACCGCAGUCUUGUUCGCCUCCUUGGCUGCUGCGUUGAGUUGGAGCAACCUCUCAUGGUGUACGAAUACAUACCGAACGGCACCCUGUACGAACACCUACAAGGGCUUCAUCCCGGCAUCCGGUCUGAGCUAACCUGGAUGCGCCGUCUAAGCAUUGCCCUUCAAACAGCCGAGGGACUUGCGUACCUUCACUCCUCCGCUGUGCCUCCUAUAUACCACCGUGAUGUGAAGUCGAGCAACAUAUUACUAGACGAGAAGAUGAACGCCAAAGUCGCAGAUUUUGGGCUUUCCCGGCUUGCAGAGACUGAUCUUAGCCAUGUCUCCACCUGUGCUCAGGGGACCUUGGGCUAUCUCGACCCAGAAUACUACAGGAAUUACCAGUUGACGGACAAGAGCGAUGUCUACAGCUUCGGAGUCGUUUUGUUGGAGCUGUUGACAUCCCAGAAAGCCAUCGACUUCCAUAGGGGCCCAGACGAUGUGAACCUGGCAGUCUAUGUCCAGCGGAAUGUGGAUGAAGAGAAGUUAAUGGAAACUAUCGAUCCAAUGCUUAUGGAAGGAGCCAACGACAGGGAUCUGGAGACCAUGAAGGCUUUGGGGUUUCUGGCGCUGGGUUGCUUGGAAGAGCGGAGACAGAACCGGCCCUCCAUGAAAGAAGUUGUGGAAGAGAUAGACUACAUCAUGAGUAUUGCAGCAGGGGUAGCUACAGAGGUUUAAUUUUAGUAACGCCAUGUGUUUGAUAUUAGGUGCAAGAGAGCUGAAAGAUGAGAUGGAACUCCUCAUUUUCACCAAAAAUAUAUAUAUAUAUAUAUAUAUGUGUUGGCUUAUUUUGUUCUAUAGUUAGUACAGGCAUGUACGUAUAUGUCUCUCUGAAGAUCUGGGUUCAUCAGUUGAUUUCAGCUCCGAAGUCUAGACCAGUUGCAAAUGAAAUGGAGGAGAGUGCAGAUCUGCCCUCGUCCAUGGUUUUGCCUCCUCCUUGCUGCAAUCUUGUCCCUAUUAGAGAUUUAAGCUUUUUCUGGUUUGUAGUAUAUGAUUUCUUCUUGAAGUUUUUUGCUUUUCCGAGUUUGGACUGUUAAGACUUUGAGCCUAUUGUACCCUUCUGCUAUAGCUCUUUCUCCCCUUUCUGUUCUUGAAGCUGCA